AGGAAAUCGCAGUAUGUACACAAUGGACCCUCGAGGAAGUUAGUAAUAGACUAUUGUAACCGAAAAUAUUUAUUGAACGACUUAAGUUGAUGUAAAGUUAGCUUGUUGUUUAGCAUUUACAUUUAACUAAACGAAUAGGCGUUUUUUGUGUUCUCCUAAAUACUGACCACUAGCUAGCGUAGCUUUAGCUAUCUAACGUUAGUAGCUAGCCAGAUGAUUCGCUUCCAUCUGACCAAUUUCUUUCAAUAUAGAACAGCUCACUGUCUUUUAAAUAGAGCUAGCUAACGAUGUUCUCGGUUAGACUAACAAACCAGCUAGAAUUGCAAACUAAGUCAGCCGGUCCCCGCAUAUUUAGCUAGCUAGUUAGGUAGCGUGCGUAACGUUAGCCUAUGUGUGUGAGACUGAUGACACUGAUAGUUGUGUUUUUGUCCGUUGGAGGAAGAGGAAGAUGACAGAGUAGGGAAAUGACAAGCUGACGGAGCCUACACAGACCAGAGAGGGAACUGCGACUGACUGACAGCGAGGCAGACAAAGAAGAAGAAUGCCGAGGAGAAAACAGUCGAACCCACAGCCCGUCAAAUUAGAUGGUGUGGAGUGUGAUCCAGGAUGCCUGGUUCUGGACAGUGACUUCCUGCUUAGUGGAGAGCUCUGUGAGUUUGGAGACACAGAGAUCAUGGGACUGGACAGAGACACAGGUAUGACAGUGUUCUCUCUAAGUGAUGACGGCUCCACCCUUCCAGGUCCGGGUGACUCCGCCUUCCCAGUGUUCCUCUCCUGUAAGGGGUGUGGCCAAUUGAUGGGGGCCGACCUUGACCUAGGAGCGGGACUAGACUUGGGGGCGGGACUCUACUGCCUGAGCUGUGAAGAGGGCCUCCAAUCAGAAUCACACACAGCCAUGGAGGAUACCUCACAGGAGGAGGAGUCAACCCCGGCUGUCCAAUCCUGUGGGAGGAAGGACAGGAAGAGGAAGAGGAGGAAGGCGGGUGAUGAAGAAGCCUGUAUGAAGCUGUACACGUGCUCUCUGUGUAGUUUCUCCUCUCGCUACUCCAACCAUCUAAAACGCCACAUGAGGACCCAUGAUGGAGAGAAGCCCUACCACUGUCCCCACUGCCCCUACGCCUCUACACAGAGGGUAAACCUGCAGAGACACACACGCACACACACCGGGGAGAAGCCCUACCUCUGCAACGCUUGCAGCUAUGCCUGUAGUUCGCUGGGGAACCUGCGGAGGCACCAGCGCUCACACAGCCAGGAGUCCCGGCCCCGGCCGCAACGCACCCACACACUAAAGAGACGCAGCAGACGGAAACACACACACAGAGAUAAUGGUGAAGAUGCCGUGGUGUCAGACCUGACAGUGUGUGUGAGGGAGGAUUCUGAUUUCCUCCAGACCCUAGGGGGGGUAGCCUCUUCCUCCUCCCCCCUCCUCCCCUGUCUCCCCCCAUCCGCCCCCCUCCCUGACCUCCUCUUCCCCCUCUGCUGUCGUUCCUGUGGCCUCACCCUGGAGGGAGAAGGAGAGGGGGAGGGAGGAGAGGAGGGCGGAGGGCAGAUGUGUAGUCAAUGUUCUGAGUUUCUCCUCUCUAAGGAACCAGGCUCCUCCAGCCCCACUGACAGAGACACACCUGGUGACACUGACUCAAACACACUCCGGCCGGGGGCCAGUAAGCUGUACCGCUGCCCUCUCUGCCCCUUCCUCUCCCUCUACCCCAACCACCUGGCUCGACACGCCCACACCCACAGUGGGGAGAAACCCCACCGCUGCCCCCAGUGCCCCUACGCCUCGGCCCACCUGGACAACCUGAAACGCCACCUCCGCAUUCACACAGGGGAGAAGCCCUACCGCUGUGCCCAGUGCUCGUACGCCUGCGGGAACCUGGCCAACCUGAGGCGCCAUGAGAGGAUUCACUCUGGAGCCAAGCCGUUCCACUGCUCUGUGUGCGGCUACAGCUGUAACCAGAGCAUGAACCUGAAGAGACACAUGCUGAGACACACGGGGGAGAAGCCUUACGGCUGUGCUGAGUGUGAUUACACCACGGGACACUGGGACAACUACAAACGCCACCAGAGGAAACACGGACACAACACAGACAGCUGGGACAAACACACACACCAGGACACUACAGCAGUCAGCAACACACACCACUGAG